UGAAAGUCCUUCUAAUCUCUUUCUUUUUGUCAUGCAGCUAUUGCUGUCCUGAAGGAUAAAGAAGCUGGAUCAUUCAUUGUCCGUGACAGUCAUUCCUUCAGAGGUGCCUAUGGUUUGGCCAUGAAGGUUGCUAUACCUCCUCCUUCAAUAUUACAGUUAAACAAAAAAGUUGGAGACACUUCCAAUGAACUUGUGAGACAUUUUCUGAUUGAGUGUACCCAGAAAGGAGUGAGAUUGAAAGGAUGUCCCAAUGAGCCGUAUUUUGGAAGUUUGACAGCUUUGGUGUAUCAACAUUCCAUUACCCCUCUGGCAUUGCCUUGCAAGCUACUCAUCCCAGACCAAGACCCUCUGGAUGAGAUUUCUGAAGCCUCCACACAAACCUCUGUAAAUUCAGCUGCAGAGCUUUUGAAACAAGGAGCAGCCUGCAACGUUUGCUACCUGAAUUCUGUUGAAAUGGAAUCUCUAACAGGUCAUCAAGCUGUGCAGAAGGCUUUGACCUUAACUUUAGUUCAAGAGCCUCCUCCCACCUCUACUGUAGUGCAUUUCAAAGUGUCUUCACAAGGUAUCACACUGACAGACAAUCAGAGGAAACUUUUUUUCAGAAGGCAUUAUCCAGUCAGUAGUGUUAUUUUUUGUGCUUUGGAUCCACAAGACAGAAAAUGGAUUAAAGAUGGUCUGUCAGCAAAAGUAUUUGGCUUUGUUGCAAGGAAACAAGGUAGUGCAACUGAUAACGUUUGCCAUCUGUUUGCAGAGCAUGAUCCAGAACAGCCUGCCAGUGCUGUUGUAAACUUUGUAUCAAAGGUCAUGAUCGGUUCCCCAAAGAACUGAAAGCCUCCUAUUUUACUGCUCUGUUGAACUUGCAAGGAGAAAGCGUAUAUUCAGAUGAAAGCUUUGUGGCCCUCAGCAGUUCCUCCAGUGACAUUCCAUCUAUAAAAUAAGAAAAGGGUGCAUUUUACAUUUCAGUAAUAUCAACUGACCAUUUAAACAUCAAACUGGGAUUAAGCAAAUAAGGGAAUAGGAAACUUGCAAGGCCCUGAAUACCAUUUCUGAACAAAUAUUUUAAAAAAUCUAAAGCAUUAAAGUUAAGAAAAUUGAAAUACGCUUUUCUGAUUUUUAACUUGUGAUGGACAGAAUGUGGGAGAAUGGGCAUUCACCUCUUUGGGCAGGUUCUUAUGUGGAGUUUUUGCUAGAAUUUUGUA